AUGUUGAUAAAUGACGCGGCCAAUUGGAGGAAGCCCGUCAGCGUCGACUCCAGGAGGCUUGGGGAAGCUGACGGGCGCGAGGCGGGGAGCACGAGGGCCUCAGACUUAUUCCAGGGGCGCGCCAGCUUCCAGGAGGGCGUGCAGGGGCGGUGGGACUGGGCUCUGGUGGUGAAGGAGGUGGAGUUUAGCGACCAGGGAGAGUACCGAUGCAGACUCGAUUUCCAGUCCACGCCAACACAUAACGCCAGAGUGUUGCUGUAUGUUGUGGAGUUGCCUAGGCGUCUGGAGGUCUUUAGUGAGGGCGGCGUGGCGGCGGAUGGUGUGGUAUCUGUGCAGGAAGGGCGGCCGCUCACCCUCACCUGCCGGGCGUGGGGAGGGGACCCGCAACCCAACGUCACCUGGUGGUCAGGAGACGAACUAAUUGACUCGGAAGUGGAGGAGCGAGCGGAGGUUCCAUUCAGCACCACCACUACCUCCACCUACUCCCUAGACGACUCCUUCCCCCCGUCCUCCUACUCCACGGACGUCACCUCCUCGUUCUCCUCCUCCUCCGACACCUCCUUCAAUCAAGUGACGCCCCAGGAUGCCCAGAUCACUAAUAUCCUCCACCUGGAAGCCGUCACCGCCGCUCUCCUGGGCCAGAAUCUCACCUGUACGGCCGCCAACACACCGGUUCUCACGCCUCUCAGUAAAUCGCUCUCCCUCCUCGAGAAAGGCGAGGAGUCCGUGGCGGUGGAGCUGAGGACGUUACCGCAGCACCUGUCCGGGGGGCGCACGUACAACCUCACCUGCGUGGCCUCAGGUGUGUGGCCGCCCCCCACCCUCACCUGGCGACUCCGAGGCAAGAAGAUCACCCGCAAUGUUCAUCUGAGGCACCCCGGCGGAGACCUGACGGAGGGGGUGUUCGAGCUGCGGGCGAGCGUGGGGGAUGACGGCGGCCUGCUCGAGUGUCAGGCCACCUCCCCGACGCUGCCUCACCUAACCGCCACGGACUCCGCCAGGCUCACCGUGCACUACGUACCCCAGGCUAGCAUCAACAUCGAGGGGCGAGGAGCUGAAGCAGGGGAGGGGCGGCCGCAGCAGCGCGCCAACGUGGUAGAGAGUGGACAGUCUCUAACACUACUUGAGGUAACACACAAGGACGCGGGACUCUAUACAUGUGUUGCGUCGAAUUCUGAGGGAGAUGGACAGAGCAACGCCGUACCCCUCCAUAUAGACUGUAAGUAG